AUGGAGACCUGCGUUGUUCGUGCCUGGGAUCUCAGCAAGCCACUGCUGUUCUGUCCUGCCAUGAACACAGCCAUGUGGGAGCACCCAAUCACAGCGCGGCAAAUCGAGCAGCUCGUGAGCUUCGGCUACACAGAGAUCCCUUGCAUCGUGAAGAAGCUGGUUUGCGGAGAUGAAGGUCGUGGUGCCAUGGCUGAGGUCUCGACCAUUGUGGAGAACGUGAAGACAAUCCUAGUGGAGCGGGGCUUGCUGGCGCAGAGCUGACCCUCCUGGAACGGACUGCGUUUUCUCCUCCUUCCGGACGGUGGUCAAGCUGUGAAGGUGACGUGGACAGUCA